AUGGCGAUUCAGAAGAAGCACGGAAAAGGUCGUUUGGAUAAAUGGUAUCGCCUGGCCAAGGAGAAGGGCUACCGUGCUCGUGCUGCGUUCAAGUUGAUCCAGUUGAACAAGAAGUAUGGAUUCCUUGAGAAGAGUAAGGUCUUGAUCGAUCUUUGUGCUGCACCAGGUUCGUGGUGUCAAGUGGCUGCGGAAUGCAUGCCUGCACAGAGUAUCAUUAUCGGUGUCGAUCUUGCUCCCAUCAAACCUAUUCCGCGAGUCAUCUCUUUCCAAAGCGACAUCACCACCGAGAAGUGUCGUUCUACGAUUCGAGGGCAUCUGAAACACUGGAAGGCAGACACCGUUCUUCACGACGGUGCGCCCAACGUUGGUACUGCUUGGGUUCAGGAUGCUUUCUCCCAGGCCGAGCUUGUGUUGCAGUCGUUGAAGUUGGCUACGGAGUUCCUGUGUGAGGGCGGAAACUUUGUCACCAAGGUUUUCCGCUCUAAGGAUUACAACCCUCUGCUGUGGGUUUUCAAACAGCUGUUCCAGUCGGUUGAGGCGACCAAGCCUCCUUCCUCGCGUAACGUUUCCGCCGAAAUUUUCGUCGUCUGCCGUGGCUUCAAGGCACCCAAGCACAUCGACCCGAAAUUCCUUGACCCCAAGCAUGUCUUCGCCGAAUUGCAAGAUGCGACUCCCAACCACGAAGCCAAGGUUUUCAACCCAGAGAAGAAGAAGCGAAAGCGUGAGGGUUACGAGGAGGGAGAUUACACUCAGCACAAGGAGAUUCCGGUCACCGAGUUCAUCAAUACCACCGACCCCAUUGCGAUCUUGGGUGGCUACAACAAACUGAGCUUCGAUCAGCCAAUAGGAGGAGAUCUUGCCAUGUCUACAUUGAACCGACUCGAGGAAACUACCGACGAAAUCCGAACUUGCUGUGAGGAUCUCAAGAUCCUCGGUAAGAAAGAAUUCCGCAACUUGCUUCGAUGGCGUUUGAGGGUGCGAGAGAAGUUUGGCCUGAGUGUCAAGAAGAAGCAGCAGGAGGAUGGUGAGGGUGAGGAAGUGGCUGAGGUCGCCCCGAUGGACGAGGAGUUGGCGAUCCAGGAACAGCUCAUGCGCAUGCGCGAGAAGGAGACCGCUCGUAGCAAGAAAGAACGACGCAAGGAGAACGAGAAGAAGCGCAAAGAGAUUGUCCGAUUGCAGAUGCACAUGACCACGCCGAUGGAUAUCGGCAUGGAGCAAAUUGGACCCGGAGGAGAAGACUCCACCUUCUCUCUCAAGCGCGUGGACCGAAUGGGUGCCAGAGAUGCUGUGGUUAAUGCCCGCAAUGUUCCCGUUGAGAGCGAAAGUGAGGAUGAGUCCGAAUCAGAUGAGGAUAGCGACGAUGACGGCGACCGUCUAGAACGUGAACUCGACGGCAUGUACGAAAUGUACCAAGAGCGCAUGGAGGAUAGGGACUCGAAAUUGCGCGCCAAGAAGGCUCGCAAGGAUUACGAGGCUGACGAAUGGGAGGGCUUCUCCGAGGACAAUAAGAGCGACAACGAGGAGGAGGAGGAUGAAGAAGAUGACUCCGAUGCGGAGCUCUCUGGGGAUGCUGUGCCCAAGUCCGGCAGCCUCUCAAACCAUGCUUCUAUGUUCUUUGAUCAGGAUCUCUUCCAAGGCAUAGGAGAGGAGGAGGAGGAGGACGAAGAGUCAGAGGAGGAAGAUGAUGAUGACGACGAGGAGGAAGAGGAGGAAGAUGAGGAAGAGUUAGAGGAAGAAGAUUGUGAGAUCGAAGAGGAAGAUGUUCCCGCCCCUACCUCCAAGUCCAAGACCAAGAAGGAGCCCAAGAAGGAACCCAAGAAGGAACCCAAGAAGAAGCAAGAAUCCGAAUGGAUUGACUCCGACGAGGAGAUCGAGGAGCCCGAGGAUCCACGCAAGGCUAAUGGCCAGCUGGACAUCGAUAUCAUCACUGCUGAGGCUAUGGCCCUUGCGCAGGCGAUGGCUUCCGGCGAGAAAAAGUCCCAGGAUGUGGUCGACGAUGGCUGGCACCGCUAUUCCUUCCGUGACGUCGACGGUUUGCCAGAGUGGUUCCUCGAUGACGAGGGCAAGCACAGCAAGAUCCAACGACCCAUUACCAAGGCCGCGGCGGCCGCUAUCAAGGAGAAGCUGCGCGCCAUCAACGCCCGUCCUAUCAAGAAGGUGAUGGAGGCCAAGGGCCGUAAGAAGUUCAAGGCCGCUCAGAAGCUGGAGAAGCUGCGCAAGAAGUCUGCCCUAUUGGCCGAUGACGAGGCUCUGAGUGAGCGUGACAAGGCUCAGGCCAUUUCGAAGCUGAUGGGCAAGGCCACCAAGAAGAAGCCCAAGCAGCAAGUCAAGCUUGUCGUGGCCAGGGGUGCCAACCGUGGUAUCUCUGGUCGUCCUCGUGGUGUGAAGGGCAAGUACAAGAUUGUGGAUUCGCGUAUGAAGAAGGAUAUCCGGGCGCAAAAGCGACUGGCGAAGAAGAAGUCGUGA